CCGGCAGCAAAACAUGCCAUGAUGUAACAACGGCUAUAUUUUAAGAGGAGGCUCUCUGACCCACAGUCCUGAAUGCUUUUCAUCCACUGAUCCAAUUGGACAUUGUUACCUAGAGAGGCAUCUUAACCCAGCAUUUCCACUAAUCAAGCCACGGAUUUGGAGUAUGAUUUUAAGGUUUACAGCUUCUGAAAAACCUUCUAUGGAAAAACAAGGAGACCAAUUCAUAGCUGGGACAAAAUUCAGCCAGAGAGACACCUUUAGAGAAUCCUGAUCUCUGUUUUUGUCCUAAACUGGUCCAGUAAAGAUUUUGAAGGAGUUCCCUGCCUUGUCCACAUUAAUAAACCACUUCUCAAUCCUCUACCUGAUCAAUUCCUAUUGAAAAAUGGUUGGAUUUGGACCUGCAGAUGUGCCUCCGUCAGCAGCAGUCAAGUUUGUGGGAGCAGGAACUGCAGCCUGCAUCGCUGACCUGUUCACUUUUCCUCUUGACACAGCCAAAGUUCGGUUGCAGAUCCAAGGAGAAAGCAAAUCCUCCGCAGCUAAAGGGAAGCAGUCUGCAGUGAAAUAUCGAGGAGUGUUUGGCACCAUCACCACGAUGGUGCGCACUGAGGGGCCCAGGAGUCUCUACAGUGGACUGGUGGCAGGCCUCCAGAGACAGAUGAGCUUUGCCUCAGUGCGCAUUGGUCUUUAUGACUCUGUGAAACAGUUCUACACUAAAGGCUCUGAUCAUGUUGGCAUCGGCAGCCGGCUGCUGGCAGGAUGUACCACUGGAGCGAUGGCCGUUGCUUUGGCUCAGCCAACAGAUGUGGUAAAAGUUCGCUUCCAGGCUCAGGCCAGGUCUCCUGGGCAUACCAGGCGCUACUGUAGCACCAUCGAUGCUUACAAGACCAUCGCGAAGGAAGAAGGCGUUCAUGGGCUGUGGAAAGGAACAGCUCCAAACAUAGCAAGAAAUGCAAUUGUUAAUUGUACUGAGCUGGUGACAUAUGAUUUCAUCAAGGACAUGCUGAUCAAGUCCACUCCCCUGACAGGUACAGAACAGCAUCAACACAGGAUGAAUAGGUCAGAAAAAUCAUCUCAGUGUUUUGUUUUUGGAGCAAUAUUUUACAUUCUUUCCUCCACAGAUAAUCUGCCCUGCCACUUUGUAUCAGCCUUUGGUGCGGGGUUAUGCACAACAGUGAUCGCCUCUCCUGUCGAUGUGGUCAAGACAAGAUACAUGAAUGCUGCUCUAGGCCAGUACACCAGUGUCCUCAACUGUGCUGCUGCCAUGAUGAGCAAAGAGGGACCACUUGCUUUUUAUAAGGGCUUCAUGCCAUCUUUCUUACGCCUGGGCUCCUGGAAUGUGGUGAUGUUUGUCACAUACGAGCAGCUGAAGCGGGCCAUGAUGGCAGCCAAUCACAGCUACACAAACAUGCUGUGACCAUUUCUGUCUGUUAUAAAGCUG